AAUCUUCAAAGCAAAGAGAAGCACCGGUGUGGUGUUUCCUUUUGCUUUCUUUUCAUCCAUCCAUUUAGCUUCAUGGGUAUUUUAUUUUCUAGAAAUCUUGCUAUUAAAUGUUUCUUGCCAUUUCUUUUCUCCAACAGAGUUUCUGGGAACUUAUUUCCCAAGGAACUCCAGAAUAUGAUGUGUAUGGUAUCCCGUACUGGUAGAGAUUUACAACGCUAUGAUGUUGAUGGUUGUCGCCAAAUCGUCGGAUGCAUUCCAUAUAGAUAUAGGAGAAAAGAAGAACAUGAGAAAGAAUUGGAGGUUCUGGUGAUUAGUACUCAGAAUGGAAAUGGAAUGCAGUUUCCAAAGGGAGGUUGGGAGACUAAUGAAUCCAUGGAGCAAGCUGCUUUAAGGGAGACCAUUGAGGAAGCUGGGGUUAUAGGAAAUAUUGAAAGUAAAUUGGGUAAAUGGUCUUAUAAGAGCAAACGCCAAGAUGUUGUACACGAGGGUUAUAUGUUUUCUUUGCUUGUCAAGAAGCAAUUAGAGAACUGGCCAGAGAAGAACUUUCGACAAAGAAGUUGGAUGAGUGUAAGUGAAGCCAAAGAAGUUUGUCCACAUAUUUGGAUGAAGGAGGCUUUGGAUGUAUUGGUCAUAAACACGAGAACUGUUCAAGAUUUUAGGACGGAUAAUUCAGAAUCAUUGAACAAAAUUCAAGUAUGUUACACUCAUAACACCAUGUAAUUCAUGCUCUUCUUGUUUACCAUUUUACCCUUGGCGAUUGUUUCAGCGGCCUUCAAAUUUUUAUGUUGGCAUGCUCAUAGUCAUUAUUAUAAAGGCCAUCCAUCCAGUGUAGCAUAAAAUAUCCAAUUUCUAGAAUGUAGCAGUUAAGGGAUGAUCUUGCAAACAUAUCUCAAUCGUAGAUUGAUGUACAAAAUUAAUACAUUCUUUCAUUUCUUUUUUUAUUAAA